GAUUUCCACUUAAAUUGUCAAUCGGUUUAAUUUCUUUCUGUCCCUAGUUGCCCUGCUUUGCUUUUGCUUUUUUAUUUCGGUGCAAUCUUUUCAGGUUGCAAAGUGGUUUGGUUUGCUCUACUCACUCUGCAACUCUCUCCUCUCAUGUGAUUUCUUCAGUUUAUCUGAAAAUUGAGGUUAUACCAAAAGGAGAAUGUAAUCAACAUCAGGAACUGCAACUGCUCGGGUCACGAAAGUUGUGAGAAACAUACUCUGAGUAAACAAACAGUGUUGUUUAUUUAUAUUUACUUUGAUAGCGAUAAGCUUUAUCAUUUAAACUUGUUUCCUAACAUAAACAUCCGUAGCAAUGAUGAAAUAUCAAGAUUUACAUAUGACAGGAAAUAAUUAUGUAUUUCUGGACAUUUCAAUUGAUGACAUAAAAUGUGGGAGGGUUGUGAUAGAGCUGUUUAAAGACCAUGUUCCAAAAACGGCUGAGAAUUUCCGAGCUCUUUGCACCGGAGAGAGAGGCGUUGGGGGAUUGAAACUUCCACUCCAUUAUAAAAAUUCUAUAUUUCACAAAGCUGUUCCUGAGUGCAUCGUUCAAGGCGGAGACAUCACAAACUUUGAUGGAACCGGAGGCGAGAGUAUCUACGGUCCAUAUUUUGAAGACGAAAGCUUGGAACUGUUGCACUCGGAAGCCGGUCUACUCAGUAUGGCCAACUGCGGAAUGCCAAACACUAACAACUCUCAGUUUUGUGUGACGCUGGGAGAGUUGCCGUACCUGGAUAGUAACUACGUCGUGUUCGGCCGAAUCGUCAAGGGGUUCGGCAUCAUCAAUGAUAUCUCGUACCAACAACUCGGUGCUGACGACAGACCUGUUCCCACAUGCAAGAUAUGGGACUGCGGAGAGCUCGCGCCAGGCGAGGACUGGUGUUAUUGCGCCAGUGACUUUACAGAUGUUUACCCUCCGAUCCCGUCAGAUUGGGAAGUUGACCAUUCUGCACUUCAGGUCCAAGACAUACUGCUAGUGAUGAAAAACAUUAAAGACGCGGGUAACCAGUUCUUCAAGAUUGGAGACUACACUUACGCUCAUCAAAAGUACAAAAAGGCUCUGAAAUAUCUGCAGUGGUUUGAAUCGAUGGACCACAACAAGAACUUGCCAGAGGACCAGGCGGAGGCCGUGUGGGAAGCGAUGGUUCAGUGUCGUCUCAACGCCGCGUUGGCUUGCAAUAAGCUCACUCUCUACAAGGAAGCUGUCUAUCACUGCAACAUGAUUCCAGACAUUGAGACUAACGUGAAGGCGUUGUUUCGCCGCGCCGUCGCCAAGGAGGGUCUGAACGACCAUCAGGACGCACUAGCAGACCUUCAUAUGGCCCUUGGACUAACUCCUAAUGACGGAGCGAUCCUUGCGGAAAUCAGCCGAAUACAACGCUUCCUCAGUGACUACGAGCAGUCAGAGCGACUCAGGUGUGCUCGUAUGUUCAGAACGUGAAUGCCUUCCGCUGCCACGAGGCGCUGUCUGUGAUAUACGGUAGAUGUAAGGUUGGAGCACAUUAAGUAUCUUGGGAAAAGCCGAGUUUAUUGUUGAGGGUAUUUUCCAUUUCAUUAGAAAUGAAGACAGGAUUCACUUGUUUUGGACCUUUUCCGUUAAUUCACUGCUACUACAUCCAACCUAACCUGACCGCUACCUCAGGUAGCUGCUAUCCCCCUUUAUUCUGAAAUUCACUAGCAUAACCUAAAAUAACCAUAAUUUAAAACAAGAUUUGUUCAUAAUUAUAACCUGAAAAAACUUAUUGUUGAAUAAACGGAAAAUGUUCCAUGUUUUCACUUUAAUUUUUAAAAGCUCAGUUGUCGUGAAAUUUUUUUUAGAUGAAAAUUUGUUUCAAAUAUAUUACAAUAUAUUUUUUUCCAAAUUAUUUGACAAGGGACAUUGAAUCCGUUUAUUGGUGACCCUACAAAUGUGCAUAAAAAUAUAACAACUAUUUGUACCAUGAGAUAAAUUUUGAUAUUUCCACUGGUUGGAGUCCUGAGUUGAAAUUUUAUCCUUUGAGUGAAUUUCUGUGCGAGAAAUUACUUUCAGUUAUAUUGCCCUCAUGAAAAAAGCUAGCAGCUUUUUAUUAAGCUUACUAUUGUCAACACUAAAAUUGUUUUAACCAAUUGUACAAUGAAAAUUGCUGUGAGAUAGCUUAAAUUGACGAAAGCAUUCUUAGAAGUGAAGAUUGUUGACUUGAUUCCAAGGUUUUUAUAACGUGUUUCAACCUGCGUGUGCCCUCGGCCAAUCCAUAUGUAAAUGCUCACUAAUGUUAUACGUAAUUAGCAUUAUUAACACAAAAAUGUUCACCUAAAGAUAAGCUAGGUGUAAGUAUUAUGCGUGUUGUAUGUUUUAUAGAUUUAUGUAAAAGCUUUUAUUGACUCUGUACAGUAAACAAGUAGCUACAAAUUUGUUUCUGAUAAAAUGUUUAGUGGGGACAGCAGGUUAACGAAUUGGAAAGAGUCCAAACUGGCACAAGAAACCUAAAAAUUUACACUAUAGGGCUACACAAAACAUUAGAAUAUUUCACUGUCACUGACAGCAUUUUCGACUAAGCAAGAAAGGCCAGGAAGUUUUUCAAACAGUCUGUUUCAUAUAAUAUUACAUUUUUCUUAAGGAGUAAAAUUGUUGAGAUUAAAAUAAUGAUUAAGUGAAAUACUAGAUAACCCUUAAAUAAAUGUUCAACUACUUGAAACUGUGGCCUAAAUGUGUAUUCUGUUUUGACAUUCCAUUAAUUUAUUUUAAUCUUCAUGCAAAUUGAAUUUGUUACUUUGUUUUUUGUUUCAUAAUUUAAUUGAAAGUUUAGGCAGUUGACUAUACAUUUAUUACCUAUUUAAAGUACAAUGUACAGUGUAUUGAAUUUGUAUAUACAAAUAAUUUAUGGAGUUUUCGUAAUUUUUUAUUAUUUAUUCUGUAUAUUUUUUACUAGUUAUUUCCCCUAAACACUUAAACCUUUUUAAGCAAAGAUUUGCAGCAAAAUAUCUGAAUGUUAUUCAAAAUAUAUUCUACAGUAUAAGUUAACAAACAAUUAAUAUUUUAUAAUGAUUUAACCUUAAUAAAAAAUAAGUAGAUCAAUUACUGCUCUAUUUUCAGAAAAAUAUUCAAAUGCUACAAUUCUUGAGAAUUAGUAUUUGUAUGGUAAGUUCCCUUAACUUAGAAUGGUGUUAAAUCAUUGUUUAGGAAAGGCAGGAAGGAAUAUAAUAUGUAGCUGUUCACUCUCAGAUAAGGGAAAUAUAUAAUAAACUUUAUAUUGACUGAAUUAGGUAUAGGCCUACCACAAAAAAAAAAAUCCCUUAUUUAAUUUUUUAUUCUCAACCCCUUUUUUCCUGUAGAGAAUAGGCGAUUGUAAGAACCUAUUUUAUCAAUGAUCUGAUCAAAUUAUGUGUAGAAUUAAAGCUAAUUUGUAAGCUAAUUAGGCUAAUGUAAGCUAAUUAAAGCUAAUUAAGUGUAAGACCACUGUGUGAUAAAAAUUUAGAAAUAGCUUUGAUUAUAUUUUUGUACUUUAAUAUGCUAAACAAUUACUGAAAUAAGAUUAUUGGGUGGAGAUAAUACUAGUAAAUUAAUUUAGAACUAGUUAAAGUUUAUUCUAGCUAAUUUGUUACAUUGUGAAUACAGUAGACUCAUUAUACCGUACAAGAGGUUAAGUUACCUUUUUUUCUGUCUAAGAAAUUCUAAAGUUCUCUGUCUGGCGACCGGUGUCGACUUCCGAGGCGUCAUUAUUAAGCUGGACGUAAAAUUUAUCACUCAGAGUAUGUCAUUAGUCUUAAAAACAUGUAAGACAUAAACACGAACACAAACAAUUUUUUGAUUGAAAAUCAUAUACAGUAUGGUUGGCGGAAAACGAAGGCAGUGAGAAUUUACGCGUGGAUGAAUAUGAUGAAGUUUUGUCACUGUACAAUUUGCAUUACAUUACUUCUUAGUGAUCUAACCCAUGUUGUUGGGGUGUGAGCUUUAGUGGUAGAGUGCAGGACUUCGGUCUCCGAGGUUUCGGGUUUGAUCGCUAAUAGAUUUAAUCAAGUUAUAAUACUGUGACCCUCUAGAUUUAGCCUGAAGUAAUGUGAAAACUGUUGAGACUAGCGUCCUAGGAUCGGCACAGCACGGCAGAAACAGUCAUGUGCCACAGCCACGUUGUUGAAAGCUAUAUACUUCACAUUUUUUCAAGGGAACAUUUCAAACCCUGAACAUAUUGCGCACAUUGACGUUUUCUAAUGACCAACGCUUAUUGUGAACCAUUACAAAUUAGUACGGAUUUUUUGAGUCUACUGUAAACACAAUACAAAUAGACGUGUUUUAAGAAAAAUGUAUAUAAACAUCUUUACAACAAAGAUAAUUUGUAAUAGAGGUAAAAAAGACUGUGAAUUAGUUUAAUAUCGAGUUAUGUAGGAAAAAUAUACUUUUAAAAAUAAGUGAUUAGUGAAAUAUGAAAUAUUAAGAAGAUUGAAUGAAUUAGAGCCAUGUUCUGUUAACUAGCAAAUUGUUCGGUUACAAGUAGAUGGGUCCAGGUUUUAUAAUAGUGCAUGGUUUUUGUUAAGUUGAAUUAAAUACAAAAGCAUGGUCUAUCCAUAUUUCCCUAAGAAUCGGUCCGUUAUGUCUAAACAUAAAACACCUUGUAUAAAACAUUAGUAUGUCCUUAAACCAUAGGUAGAUACGUACUCCAUUUAAGAUUUAAAAAAUUUCAUUUCUCAUAACUAAAAAAUUUAACCAAAUUAAUUUAUCUUUUUUACUAAGUGUAUAGGUAUAGUUUUUAUUUAGUAAUUUAACUGUUACUAACUGCUCUAUAAUGUGUAAUAUUUGUAUCCGAUAUGUUACUAAUUGACGGUGUUGUUAUUUAUGAGAAAUAUAUCUGUUAUCGGUGGUAGAGUUUAUGUUUAUGUUUGUUCGUGUUGAUGCUCAAAAAACAUUGUAACUCUCAUGUAUUAGUGUUUAGUAUAAGAUAUGUUUUGUGAUUGUUAUGUAUAUAUUUGACAAUUGGUUUGAAUAAAUCUGUUUCGCUUUUACAA